AUGAGGCUUGUCGCCUGCGAGCGUAUGUCAGGGACACAAUGCUCGAAAAAGACUCCAUUGAGUUCGUGCUUCGUGGAGCAGCUUGUCUGCAAUGGAGAUGAGGCUUGUCGCCUGCGAGCGUAUGUCAGGGACACAAUGCUCGAAAAAGACUCCAUUGAGUUCGUGCUUCGGGGAGCAGCUUGUCUGCAAUGA